AUGAAAAUUGAUUAUUAUUAUUAUUUCUUUAGUCAUUUGGCAAAUGUGGGAGACGCAAAAACUCUCGUGAUACAUCCUGCUUCAACGAUACAUCAACAAUUAACGGACGAAGAACAAUUAUCUGCAAGAGUAAAUAAAGAGAUGUUACGCGUCUCUAUUGGCUAUGAACACAUCGAUGAUAUUAAAGAAGAUUUUACAAUUGCGUUUGAAAAAAUUAAAGAAAUCAAUUAAUAUUCUUACUUUUUGUUCACGUAAUUUUAUUUUCACGUUCA